AUGAAAGUGAAAGCUAAUUACGAAAUGGACGACUCAGACAACGAUUAUGCCGUAUUAGCGUAUCAACAAAUUGUACAAAAUUCUCAUGAUUUAUAUCAACCUGUGCCGGUUCAAGUGACAUCUAGGGAAAUAUUACAUAGGGACCGUGUCGCCGCCGAUGCCAGAAUGAUGCAAGACUACUUCAACUUCAAUUGUGUUUAUGGGAAGAAAAACUUCCAUUGUCGUUUUGGUAUGUAUCGACCACUAUUUCUUCGUAUCUUAAGCAAAAUUAUAGAGAUAGACCCUGAGUUCGAACUACGUCUCGAUGCUGCUAGAAUUAUGGGUCACUCACUACACAUGAAAAUGAUUGCUGUCAUUAAGUGUUUGUGCAAGGAAGUUCCUCCGGAUAGCAUUGAAGAUUAUACUGCAAUGGGUGUGCCUACCAUCUACAGGUAUCUGAAGAGGUUUCUUGAUGCCCUGAUGUCGGAUCAACAUUAUUCGGACCAUAAGAGAGCACCCACGGUCAUCUUAGAGGAGGUUGCAUCUUUCGAUAGAUGGUUUUGGCAUGGAUAUUUUGGAAAGCUUGGGUCAAACAAUGAUAUCAAUGUUUUGAACCAUUCUGAUGUGUUUGACAACGUCAAUAAUGGUAUACCCCCUCGGUGCGAAUAUUUCAUGAAUGGUCACAUAUACACUGAAGGUUACUACUUGGAUGAUGGUAUAUAUCCAAGGUAUAAAGUACUAGUGGCUUCUUACAAAGAAGCGAACCUAAGUCGAAAAAAAAAACUUUUCAACAUAUAUCAAGAGGCAAAGAGGAAAGAUGUGGAAAGAGAUUUUGGUACUAUGAAACGCAAAUUUGUUAUUGUAAAUAAUCCUUGUAUUUAUUGGAAAAAAUCAGAUAUGAAGUCAAUAACGAGGGGAUGCAUGAUAAUGCACAACAUGGUUGUGGAGAACGAGUAUCGUGUAGAGGAUUUGGGAAUGAGGGAGGAACAACCAACUCAACCAGUGGUUGGUGAUAUGAGAAUGCCUUUCGGUGUUCUUGCGGACCCAAUUACAUGGGAAAGGCUGAGGUUGGAUCUGAAAAAACACAUUUGGGAGCGUCAUGGGGCUGGUUUCCAAGAAAACACACCGAUUACUAAAGACAACCAUGUAGACGUCCACAUGGAUUCAGAAGACGUUGACCCUGAAAAUGAUGCAUAUCCUCCUGAGGAAGAAGCGGAGGAAUACGAGAACUUUUUCGAGGAUGGAGAAUAA